AUGGCCGCUCGACGCUCUGCCCGUAUCAGCGCUGCGACGCAAAAAGCAGCCACAAAAACGACAGAGCAGAUGUCAGAAGUAAAAAAUAUCGUCAGUAAACGAGCCCAGAAAAGUCGGGUUGACAAACCCGCAGCGACGAAGACAUCGAUCCAAUCGAGCUCGAGCGCUGGAAAAAGGGCAGCUAAAGGGACGACUUCACGAGGGCCCCAAUCCGCUGCUCCUGGACCGUCGGCUCCAAGGAAAAGAAAACGGGAAGCCAGCCACGAUGGGGAGAGACCUGCUGCCCCAUCCACACCUCCCCCUUUCAUUCCAACCCUCAGGCCCAAACCGGCGUCUUCAGCACACCCGGACCUAAAUCGCCCGGUUGAUCCGCACCGCACAACGGCAACACUCGUUACUCCCCACGGAACACAUCUAACAGCCUAUCCACGAACCAUCGAGGAGGCUUCUCCCUCGAAAACAGGUAUUCCCCGUCCCACCGCAACAACGGGAAAUAUCCUCGAGCAGGGCCUGGCCCACCUGUUGAAAGUCGACCCGAAAUUGCGCUCAGUGAUUGAAAAAUACCCAUCCCCACCGUUUUCACCCUCUGAUUUGGCCGAGGAGAUUGACCCGUUCCAGGCCCUAGCCAGCGGCAUCAUUGGACAACAGGUUUCAGGUGCCGCGGCGAAGUCGAUCAAGAAGAAGUUCGUGGCUCUGUUCCACAAGGGCCUAGCAGUAGCUGGUACUACGGGGGCUCUUGCCGAUGCCACAGAAGUUAAGAGCGAAAAUGCCAAACAGGCAAAUGACUAUGACUACGGGACAAACACGGAAAAGAGUAUCAAUGAAAAUGAUAGGAAAAGUGAGGAUGGUGCCGUGCGCUUUCCAACCCCGGAAGAGGUUAUGAAGUGCGAUCUUGCGACUCUUCGCACAGCCGGUCUAUCCCAGCGAAAAGCGGAAUACAUCCAAGGCCUAGCGGAGAAGUUCGUCAACGGGGAGUUGAGCGCGCGCAUGUUGCUAACUGCGAGCGAUGAGGACGUUCUUGAGAAGCUUAUCGCGGUGCGUGGACUGGGGAAGUGGUCGGUAGAGAUGUUUUCCGUUUUUGGUCUCAAGAGGAUGGAUGUGUUUUCUACGGGAGAUCUGGGGGUGCAGCGAGGCAUGGCAGCGUUUGUCGGACGCGACAUUGCGAAACUUAAAGCUAAGGGAGGCGGCAAGUUCAAGUACAUGGCGGAAAAGGAGAUGCUAGAGAUUGCGGCGCCCUUUGCGCCGUAUAGAAGCUUAUUUAUGUGGUAUAUGUGGCGGUGGGAGAAUGUUGAUUUGGCAGUUAUGCAAAAUUAG